GCGCGCCCUGGCUUCUCGCCUCCCGCCUCUGGGAGGGACGCCGCCGGCCCAAGAGGCGCCUCCGAAGCCCCGUCCCGUCUUGAGGGGAGCCCGUUCCCGUCGCCUCGGCCUCUCGUCCUUCUCCGCUCCCGCCUCCUUCUCCUCGUCGCGGCGGGACCAUGUCUCGGGCUCCCGAGGAGGUGAACAAGUUGACUGAAAGCACCUAUAAAAAUGUUAUGGAACAAUUCAAUCCUGGGCUGCGGAAUUUAAUAAACCUGGGGAAAAACUAUGAAAAAGCUGUUAAUGGUAUGAUUCUUGCCGGAAGAGCAUACUAUGAUGGUGUUGCAAAAAUGGGUGACAUUGCAGUUGCCUCGCCUGUUUCUAAAGAACUGGGACAUGUUCUCAUAGAAAUUUCUAUUGCACAGAAGAAACUAAAUGACAGCUUAGAUGAAAGUUUCAAGAAAUUCCAUAAAGAGAUUAUAUCUGAGCUGGAGAAGAAAACAGAACUAGAUGUAAAAUACAUGAAUGCUACUUUGAAAAGAUACCAGAAUGAACAUCGAAGCAAACUGGAUUCUUUGGAAAAGUCUCAGGCUGAGCUGAAGAAAAUCAGAAGGAAAAGUCAAGGAGGAAGGAAUGCCACAAAAUAUGAGCAUAAAGAAACAGAGUAUUUGGAAACCGUGAGUUCUCGGCAGAGUGAUAUCCAAAGAUUUAUCGCUGAAGGUUGCAGAGAGGCGUUACUUGAAGAGAAAAAAAGAUUCUGUUUUCUGGUUGACAAGCACUGCAGUUUUGCUCAACAUAUGAAGUUUUACCACGUAGAGUCCUCAGAGUUACUUAACUCCAAAUUGCCUGGAUGGCUGGAAACUUGCAGUGAUGCUACGAAAGUGCCGGAAAAAAUCAUCAAUAUGAUUGAAGAGAUAAAGACACCUGGCACCACUCCAGUAUCUGGAACUCCGAUGCCUUCACCAAUGUUAGAGAGAAACAGUAUGGUCGGAAACAGUUAUGAUUCACUUCACAGAAAUUACCCCAAAGUGCCUCCCGCGCCUACAGGGAGAGCCUAUACUAGUCCUUUAGUUGAUAUGUUUAACAAUCCACCAAUGGCUCCAAAGGCACCUUUGGAGAGACUGAAUCAUUCAACAGAUCACGUAGACGAUUCCAGUUUAUCACGAUCAACCUCCGUUGCCACGGGACUAAAUAUAAUGAAAAAGCAGAAAGUUAAAACCAUCUUUCCCCACACUGCUGGGAGUAACAAGACUCUGCUGAGUUUUGCACAGGGAGAUACCAUCACACUACUUGUAUCUGAGGAAAGGGAUGGCUGGCUGUACGGGGAGCACGAUGUGACUAAAAUAAAAGGAUGGUUCCCGUCAUCAUACACAAAGCCAGUGGAAGAACCAGUUGAGAACAUUCAUAUGCCAGCAACGAGUACCGCACCUCUCCGAAGCAUCAGCUCAGGAAACUUAACGGAGAGAGGUGGGGUUGUCCUUCCUCCACCAGAUUAUUUGUUAACUGGGCAAGCAAGAGCAACUUCAGAACUAAGACUAGAGUCUUCAAGAAAUGCUGCUAUGAUUAAAAGUUCAAUGGCCAAAUCAGAAAGCACAGCUCUGAAACCUGACAUGAAUGGCAUUGUAAAACCACCUUUCCUAAGUGGGGAAAAUCCAUUUGUCACCGUGAAACUCCGACCAACAGUAACAAAUGACAGAUCAGCACCAAUACUUCGAUGAGCAACAUUAACGGAAUGUUUUUUACCCUUCCUUGUAAACAUUAUACUAUCUUCAGCAAUAUGAUUUUUGGAUGCGGUCUGUUGUUGUUUUAAAACGUUAUUUAAAUGUAAUUAAUGUGUACAGAAGCAGAAAGUUGUAAAGGAUUUCCUGACUUUUAAAAAAUCUUUUUGCUUCCUACAUCAGCUAAUUAUUGAUGGGUUAAGAUGCUUGAAAAUUCUCUUGAUUUUACAGUGUGCCUUGUUUAGGAAUACAGAAUUGCGAAAAUAGGGACGAGGCUUGAGUAUUAUCAUUAUCAGCAUAAUUAUUCAUUUAUUCCUCUGUGCCAGUUGUAUGGUUAAUCCUAUGGGUAAGUUCCAAUUAUUUAAGUUUGCUGGUACCAUUUACUUAGACACAUGAAUACACUUAGCUGAUUUUUAAAUAGUCAAGCCAUUUAAGGAUUGCCUUAACAUACAGUGAAAUAUUGUGUAUAGUAAUAUUUUCAUUAUAUCGGUUAAGAUAAAUGUCUUAGGGUACAAUAAGAAUAAAUAUCUUCUGAAUGAUCAGAAAAUGUAAUAUUCUUGAACAUAGUUUGCAAUGUGUUAAAACACAAUAUAACUAUUGCACUGUCUUUAUUUUAGCAGGAUUCUAACUCAUAGGAGAGGUUAAUACAAAUUAUUUCAGUGAUGAAUAAUUACAAAUGGAAACCUACGUAUUCCUUUACUGUAUUCUCCCUUUUUUAAAAAGUGCAUGAUCUUCAGAUUUUGUCGCUAAAGAGAGUUUGAUACACAGAUAAUAAAAUAUGGAUUGUUACUGCAUAAAGAAUUGCAUUAUACACACACAAACAAAACCAUGUAUAUAUACCUACUUACAUUUUACCCUUUUGGUUACGGCAUACGCUGUCUCCAUUCCUAGGUAGCUGCAAGCUGGUCUCUUAAGCAGUGGUUAAAGAGAACAUUAUACAAAAGAAAUGUAGAUGUACAUUCCCUUCAACUUUUCACCAAUGAACUUAAGUGGAAUCAGGAGCAUGCCCUGGUAGACAACACUGGAUCAGGAGACAGGGCGGAAGAGUAUUCAGUCGUUAAUCAUUUUGACACAGUUUGGCAUGGUCAAU